CGGGCUGGUCUCUGCCCUAAUGCGGCGGCUGGCGGCGAGAGGCGCUGCAGGGGACGCGGGGGAAGUGGCGGCGCCGGCGGCGGACAGCACCGACUGCGCCCAGGGCCGGAGCCCGCGCCCUCGGAGGUUGAUUGACUUAUGUGCAAUUUGGGACCCUGGAGUUUUCCUUCCCGCUGCAGGCUGGAAGAGAGCCUCUGGUAUCGCAAGAAGGAGGCUGAAUGAGGCAGAGACGGUGAGUGGGCUGAGCUCUGUCCAGGAGGCCCAGUUGGAGCAGCUGGAGGCAGCAAGACCCCGCAGGCCGGGGAGCAGGGAGCGGGGCCCCGUGCUGAGGAUGGCCAGGCAGCAGCCGCCGCCCUGGAUCCACGCAGCCGUCCUGUUCUGCCUCCUCAGCCUCAGUGGGGCCAUCGAGAUUCCUAUGGACCCAAGCAUUCAGAAUGAGCUAUCCCAGCCCCCAACAAUCACCAAGCAGUCAGUGAAGGACCACAUCGUGGAUCCCCGCGAUAACAUCUUGAUUGAGUGUGAAGCAAAGGGGAACCCUGCCCCCAGCUUCCACUGGACUCGAAACAGCAAGUUCUUCAACAUUGCCAAGGACCCCCGGGUGUCCAUGAGGAGGCGGUCUGGGACCCUGGUGAUCGACUUCCGCAGUGGGGGGCGGCCCGAGGACUAUGAGGGGGAGUACCAGUGUUUUGCCCGCAACAAAUUUGGCACAGCCCUGUCCAAUAGGAUCCGCCUGCAGGUGUCCAAGUCCCCCCUGUGGCCCAAGGAAAACCUAGACCCCGUCGUGGUUCAAGAGGGCGCUCCCCUGACGCUCCAGUGCAACCCCCCACCUGGACUUCCGUCCCCAGUCAUCUUCUGGAUGAGCAGCUCCAUGGAGCCCAUCACACAAGACAAGCGCGUCUCUCAGGGCCAUAACGGCGACCUGUAUUUCUCUAACGUGAUGCUCCAGGACACGCAGACAGACUACAGCUGCAACGCGCGUUUCCACUUCACCCACACCAUCCAGCAGAAGAACGCCUUCACCCUCAAGGUCCUCACCAACAACCCCUAUAAUGACUCGUCCUUAAGAAACCACCCUGACAUGUACAGUGCACGAGGAGUUGCAGAAAGAACGCCCAGCUUCAUGUACCCCCAGGGCACGGCAAGCAGUCAGAUGGUGCUGCGCGGCAUGGAUCUCCUGCUGGAGUGCAUCGCCUCCGGGGUCCCAACACCAGACAUCGCGUGGUACAAGAAGGGUGGGGACCUCCCAUCUGACAAGGCCAAGUUUGAGAACUUCAACAAGGCUCUACGUAUCACCAACGUCUCCGAGGAGGACUCUGGGGAGUAUUUCUGCCUGGCCUCCAACAAGAUGGGCAGCAUCCGGCAUACGAUCUCGGUGAGAGUAAAGGCGGCUCCCUACUGGCUAGACGAACCCAAGAACCUUAUCCUGGCUCCUGGCGAGGAUGGGAGACUGGUGUGUCGAGCCAAUGGGAACCCCAAGCCCACUGUCCAGUGGAUGGUAAAUGGGGAACCUCUACAAUCGGCACCACGCAACCCAAACCGUGAGGUGGCCGGGGACACUAUCAUCUUCCGGGACACCCAGAUCAGCAGCAGGGCUGUGUACCAGUGCAACACCUCCAACGAGCAUGGCUACCUGCUGGCCAACGCCUUCGUCAGCGUACUGGACGUGCCACCCCGGAUGCUGUCUCCCCGAAACCAGCUCAUUAGGGUGAUCCUGUACAACCGGACACGGCUGGACUGCCCGUUCUUUGGGUCCCCUAUCCCCACACUCCGAUGGUUUAAGAACGGGCAGGGAAGUAACCUGGAUGGUGGUAACUACCACGUCUACGAGAACGGCAGUCUCGAAAUCAAGAUGAUCCGCAAAGAGGACCAAGGCAUCUACACCUGUGUCGCCACCAACAUCCUGGGCAAAGCUGAAAACCAGGUCCGCCUGGAGGUCAAAGACCCCACCAGGAUCUUCCGGAUGCCUGAGGACCAGGUGGCCAAAAGGGGCACCACGGUGCAGCUGGAGUGUCGGGUGAAGCACGACCCCUCCCUGAAGCUCACAGUCACCUGGCUGAAGGAUGACGAGCCUCUCUACAUCGGAAACAGGAUGAAGAAGGAAGACGACUCCCUGACCAUCUUCGGGGUGGCCGAGCGGGACCAGGGCAGCUACACCUGCAUCGCCAGCACCGAGCUGGACCAGGACCUGGCCAAGGCCCACCUUACUGUGCUAGCUGAUCAGGCCACUCCAACUAACCGUUUGGCUGCCCUGCCCAAAGGACGGCCAGACCGACCCCGGGACCUGGAGCUCACGGACCUGGCCGAGAGGAGCGUGAGGCUGACCUGGAUCCCAGGGGAUGAUAACAACAGCCCCAUCACAGACUACGUCGUCCAGUUCGAAGAGGACCAGUUCCAGCCCGGGGUCUGGCAUGACCAUUCCAAGUUCCCAGGCAGUGUCAACUCCGCCGUCCUCCAGCUGUCCCCGUAUGUCAACUACCAGUUCCGCGUCAUCGCCAUCAACGAGGUGGGCAGCAGCCACCCCAGCCUCCCCUCCGAGCGCUACCGGACCAGCGGGGCACCCCCCGAGUCCAAUCCCGCCGACGUGAAGGGAGAAGGCACCAGAAAGAACAACAUGGAGAUCACAUGGACGCCCAUGAACGCCACCUCCGCCUUUGGCCCCAACCUGCGCUACAUUGUCAAGUGGCGGAGGAGAGAAACCCGAGAGACGUGGAACAACGUCACAGUAUGGGGCUCCCGCUACGUGGUGGGGUCGACCCCCGUCUACGUGCCCUAUGAGAUCCGAGUCCAGGCCGAAAAUGACUUCGGGAAGGGCCCUGAGCCCGACACUGUCAUCGGUUACUCCGGGGAAGAUUAUCCCAGGGCUGCACCCACUGACGUUAAAAUCCGAGUCCUGAACAGCACAGCCAUCACCCUUCAGUGGAACCGCGUCUACCCCGACACGGUGCAGGGCCAGCUCAGAGAGUACCGAGCCUACUACUGGAGGGAGAGCAGCUUGCUGAAGAGCCUGUGGGUGUCUCAGAAGAGGCAGCAAGCCAGCUUCCCUGGUGACCGCCCCCGUGGCGUGGUGUCCCGCCUCUUCCCCUACAGUAACUACAAGCUGGAGAUGGUCGUGGUCAAUGGGAGAGGCGAUGGGCCUCGCAGUGAAACCAAGGAGUUCACCACCCCGGAAGGAGUACCCAGUGCCCCCAGGCGUUUCCGAGUCCGGCAGCCCAACCUGGAGACAAUCAACCUGGAAUGGGAUCACCCGGAACACCCCAACGGGAUCCUGACUGGAUACACUCUCAAAUACGUGGCCUUUAAUGGAACCAAAUUAGGAAAGCAGAUAGUGGAAAACUUCUCUCCCAAUCAGACCAAGUUCACGAUGCAAAGAGCAGACCCCGUGUCGCGCUACCGCUUUACCCUCAGUGCCAGGACGCAGGUGGGCUCUGGGGAAGCAGUCACAGAGGAGUCACCAGCACCCCCAAAUGAAGCUACUCCAACCGCAGCUCCUCCCACGUCGCCCCCGACCACGGUGGGUGCGACGGGCGCUGUGAGCAGUACUGACGCUCCUGCCCCUGCUGCCACCACCGAAGCCACAACAGUCCCCACCAUCCCAAGUGUCGCACCUACCACCGUGGCCACCACCACCGCCGCCACAACUACCACCACUGCCGCCACCACCACCACGGAGAGGCCUCCCACCACCACCUCCGGGACUAAGAUGCCCGAAUCCGCCCCCGACAGGCAGUCCAUAUGGAACGUCACGGUGCUCCCCAACAGUAAAUGGGCCAACAUCACCUGGAAGCACAAUUUCGGGCCCGGAACUGACUUUGUGGUUGAGUACAUCGACAGCAACCAUACGAAAAAAACUGUCCCUGUUAAGGCCCAGGCCCAGCCUAUACAGCUGACAGACCUCUAUCCCGGGAUGACAUACACGUUGCGCGUUUAUUCCCGGGACAACGAGGGCAUCAGCAGUACCGUCAUCACCUUUAUGACCAGUACAGCUUACACCAACAGCCAGGCCGACAUCGCCACCCAGGGCUGGUUCAUUGGGCUCAUGUGCGCCAUCGCCCUCUUGGUGCUGAUCCUGCUUGUCGUCUGUUUCAUCAAGAGGAGUCGAGGUGGCAAGUACCCAGUGCGAGAAAAGAAGGAUGUUCCCCUGGGCCCCGAGGACCCCAAAGAAGAGGACGGCUCCUUCGACUACAGUGACGAGGACAACAAGCCCCUGCAGGGCAGCCAGACAUCCCUGGACGGCACCAUCAAGCAGCAGGAGAGUGACGACAGCCUGGUGGACUAUGGCGAGGGGGGUGAGGGGCAGUUCAACGAGGACGGGUCCUUCAUCGGCCAGUACACAGUCAAAAAGGACAAGGAGGAGACAGAGGGCAAUGAAAGCUCAGAGGCCACGUCGCCUGUCAACGCCAUCUAUUCUCUGGCCUAAAGGACCCCCCCGCCCAGGCCACAGCCACUAUUUUGCAAGUGGGAGGAGGGGAGAGGGGGAGAUGAAGCCACCGCAGACCUACCACGCAGCCACCACCUUCAGGGACAAGGGUAUAACAAGGGGGUCUGCCAAGCUGUGAGGACCAGUGACCGCCCAGCCCACCCCAAGCCUCCUCCCGAUGACCCCCCCGCACCCCCGGGGUGCCACCAUGUGGAAGAGCUAGAGUCCUGGCUCAGCUCAGCUGGAGGGAGCCCAGCCCUUUGGUCUGCCUCACGGCCACCUUGAGCCUUCCACCCCCGCUGCCCGCCCUUGACCUCGGCACACACACUCACCGGUUUCCGUUGGUUAGGGCCCUUCGCAUUGUCUUUAUUUUUGCUUUGUGCAUCUUCCCCACCCAGACCCAGCGUCUCCAUUUUCUUUUCCUUUCGAAGAAAUGUCCCUGGACAAAGAAAGAAUUGGUGGAUUCUCCCCCAGACAGGCAAAAGGAUUGACCUGUAAAAGAACAUCUAGAAAAGCUGUUGUAUUCACAUCGCCGCCCCCGGGCCAUUGUAUUUCCGAAGGAUGCCUUUCUCGCCAGAUGCCUCCCUACCCCCAACCCAUGCGCCUUGGCCUUGUCAGUUGCUGAGCUGGGCUUGGCUCCUUUCAGGAAAAUGACAGUAUUUUUGGCAGGGAGAGAGUGGGCAGGCCUCCUUGCCUCGCUCUGGUUCAGUUGGGAGGUGGGCUUACCUCUUGCUCCUUGCUCUCACCCUGCCCCUUCCUCCAGAGUGUCCCAGACAAGAGCUGCACCGGCUCUGAAGGAGUUCGAGGAACAGGAGCGGCCACUGAUGGGAAGAGCCACAACUCCAGUGGCCGAGUUCCUCAAGCAGAAGGAAACCGGGCGGCUGGUCCCUGGGGAGCUGUCCUCACCUCGGGAGAGAAGGAAAGGGCUGGGUUUGGACUUCCUUCCUCCCCAUCCGUGAAACCCAGGAUGUGGGAGAGAGGACCAUGCCCACUGCCUUGAGGGGAGAGGGUGCCCCCCACCUGGUCAGGGAACCCCGCCGCAACCCUCACGGGUAUGGAACCACAUGAUGUGGAAGCUUUGCUGGUGUGUUUGGGGGUGUAAGGUGCUGCUCCCCCUCUCGUCUCCAGCACAUAGCAUCUCCUUGUUCAGUUCUGUAAGACACUGAAAGUGGUGUUUUACACAGUGCCGCCCCCCAAAACCAAACCAGUGUGUCCUCUCCUUGGGGUAUUCCACAUCUCAGGAGAGCCUGCGAGAACACCACGCUGACCACGCUGGAGAGCCCGGCCUGGGGACCCCGCGCCCUCCGGAUGCCUUACGCAGCUCUGAUCUGGCCCUGCAGCUCCCAGGUUCCUAGCCCCUGCCCGCAAGCCUCGAAGCCUCCAGCGAUGUGUGUCUCAAGAAUGGGGCGGCCCCUGCAAACGUCACCGCAGAACCAGAACAGCCACUCGACGCGUGUCCUGCAUCCCGUUGCCCCAGCCGGAGACCCUCGCAGACUGCAGUUCUCAGAGACCCAAGGCGCGGCCUUCAUCCUCCCCACCUAAUCCGUUUCUGAAACCAAAGGUACCUAGCCUCAGAGAGAGAUCUUGAGCUGAGAGCGACCGGUAGCUGUCCCCGCAGCUCGAGCCGGUUUCGGGAGGGUGAAGCUGACCCCCAGCAACGGACUGCCUGCCACAGGCACAGCCUCUGGUUCAAGCGUCCAGCUGUUUGCCGAAGGCCUGGGCAGGGACAGGGCUGUGUCCUUCAGAGGCUCAAUUAAAGCAUCGUUUGCCACACGUUUAAGCCACAAAGGUAUUAGCAAUGCUUGCCUCACUUAAUCAGUCAAUCGAAGGUCAAGCCCAUAGACACACGUACUCUGUCUGCAGGUAAGAAACCAUAGCCCAGAGCUGAGCUAAUUACGUUGUUUGAACCUGAGAGCAAGUAACUGGCCUAUGCCGUGGCCAGCCUGGCAGCGCAGAAGCCCAAGGGGCAGCUCUCUCAUGGUGAAAGAGGACAGGGUGAAUAAUGGGGGGCUAGGAGUGAGCUCAGGGAGCCCUUACCCUGGUUUUCCUCAGACACCUGCCUGCAUACAGCUGGGCAUUCCUGCACCCAAGCCCAGCGUCCCUCAAGGGAAUGUCGGGGAAGUGUGCCUGUGAACUGAGUUAAAGGACCAGCCUUUCCAGAAAACACUCUGGAUCUGAGCAGAGUAGUCAGUGUCUCAGGCCCCUCACUCCACGUGACACCCCACACACUAGUGAACUCAGUGCACCACAGGCAGACUCGUAGGGUAAGGGGACUGUGGGCUGUCACGGUGCCCAUCCCCCUGCCACACAGCCAAGGGCUUCAGAAGGGCUUCUGCCACCGUGGGGUCUGGGGGAGAGAGGAUUCCUCGGCCUAUCUGCUCGUCGUGUGUGUCCCGCCAGCUCUGAGCCAUCUCCCUCCGUGUAGGGAGGCAGUGCCGGCAGCCACACGGCGAGGUGCUGCCCAGACCGCCACGCCACCCAGCCCUCCUGGCAGGCACAAGCCAACCUGAGCCUGGAGAACCAGUUUUUCCCAAGCAGACAUGCUUCGAGAGGUGUGUGGAUGGCAGGGUUAGCGAGCAGCCGUUCCAGGAGGAGGAAGUCUGUUUUCCAUGAGCCCAGCCAGCUCAGCAGGAAAGCAGUAUUGUCCCGCAUCCUCUGCCAGCUGGGGCACUCAAGCAACCCCCUGAAAACAUAGCAACCACGGUAUCAGGAGAUGGUGACACCGUUGGAGCUCCCGCCUGCCUGGCUGUUGGGGGGGAAUCUUGCAGUGACCCUAGAAGUCCCUUUGCCCAUGCUUCAGUCCCACCUGCUGUGCUCAGCCGCCAGAGCCGUGGGCUCAGGAGACACUCUCGAAACUCUAGUCUGAGCCGGGCUCUGAGCCAGAGUCAGGUGUGGCCCCUGCCCUCCCAGGGCUCACAGUCCUGGAGCUGAGACUCAGGACACAGUGGGCAUUGGUGGCGAGCACCCUGAGUGCUUAAGCCACCAAUGGCUCCAGGCUCAAAGGGAGAAGCUUAGGCGAGAGCAAGUGUUCCACAAGGCUGAGGAGGACAGGCAGUCAGAGCCGGCAGGGUGGGGUUGAGGACGGGUCCUGGCUUCCUGAACCUCUUUGCUCUGCCCCUCGGGGCAAGUUGCUUAACUUGUCUGUAUGUUGAUGCCUCUGUCUCCCCUAUGUCAUCCCUCCUUUGAAUACCUCUCCCCACUGAGGGGCAGGGGCCCCCCUGAAGGAGCAGGAAAGCCAGCAUCUAAGGAGGACAACAUUCACAGGGCCCCGGGGACCACUGCCUCCCACCCCACCUGGCUUUCGGUGCAGAGAACCUACUUUCCUCACCGUGCUUUUCGGGGAUGGUUGAGGUUCAGUUAAAGGAAAAACCAGACUAGCUCUUUCCCUUGUGCAUUGCCUUUGCCCAGGGAGGUGGGAGGCAUCUGGCCCACCCCUUGCUGGCAAGACCCAAGGUCUAGAGAAGUGUCCACCUGAGGCAGCCAGUGCCAACACUGCUCACCUUGCAGGGGGUAUCUGCAGCCCGGGCCGCAUACUGCUUUCAUAGCUUCCCCGAACACAGUCUUAGAAGAGGGCUGAGGACACGUGUGGGUUUGCCAGCUAAGGUGCCGCCUCCCCCGCCCACACCCUACACCCACGCAUGGCCGCAUCCACAUGCACGUGCACAGCAGGGCGGCACUUUCGGGGAGAAUGAUAUAGAUUAUGAUGUUGUCUUAGGGUGAAUUCACACCCUGACCUGCUUGAGAGGGGAUGAGAAGGGCUGCAUGGGGUGUGGUGUGCAGCUCCGGCAAGGGGCAAAGAGACUGCCCAGGUUGGGCCCCACUUGGGCGAUUCCUGCAGACAGAACUGAGAAAGAAAGAAUCUGAUCCGAAGGAGGGGGAAGCUUCCCCAGGAACAGCCCAGGGCAGAGGCUCUGUAAGGGGUCCUGGAGCCCUUUGCAGGAUCCCAGCCAAGCCACAGAGAGUCACAAACAGCCCGGGGGAUGGAAGCUAUGGGGACUCAACACACUUUGCCCCAGUCUUAGUAAGGCUGCUUCACGAACACUGAGGAGGGGAGGCUCCCCGGCUCUCAGUGGGAAGGCAGCUGCUGGCACAGGGCGUGUUCCCCAUUCGUGACACCUUGGUCACCACUCCUGCAGCCCCUGCCAAACACACACACGUCUGCUAGAAAGAAAUCACCCAGUGGAUCUUGGUUGAGCUUCGCAUGGUGGCUUAGGAGAAGCACGUAGGAGGUCCCUGAUUUUAAAAAAAAUCGGAGGAGACACAUGAAUGAAACAAAAAGCUUGAAAUGUCAGGAGGCAGAGCCCAACUCCUAGCAGCCCUGUCCCCUAAAGCAGGCAGGGGCCAGCCCAUGGGAGUUUGAACCAACCUUGCCACGGUCGCCAGCCCGCCCAGCCCAAGCCCGGGCAGCAUCCUUCCUUCUCUCCCCUGCUGAGAACAGCCUUCCCGAGACAAGUUCAGAGAAGGAUCAGAGGGGCAGGACAAGCACCCCCCAGGGAAGCCACGGGACCCCCACCAAGCAGUGUCUCGGGCCACACCCCGAACCAGUGCACCUCUAUCAACACAGUAGUAUUAAACAGGAGUCCCGUGAUGCUAAGGGUGGACACAGGCUCAGCCCAGGCUGCGUCACUUUGGACAGCUUCAGGCCGCAGCGUGCGGACGAACCACAGAGCUGAUCGCAUGGACAGGACCCUGUGUACAGACGAGGACAGUAAGAUCCACGGAGGGGAAGGGACUUGUCCCAGGUCCUUCAGCGAGUAAAUCAGGGUGAGGGGAGGGCUUGAACCCUGGCCUUAGGAGUCCUUGUCUAGGGUUCUCCACCUCCCCGCAGGGGCCUCCUUGGACAUAGAGAUGUAACUUCACUCCGUCUGUACCUCUUAUCACUUCUCCCCCAUCCCCCCUACGCCUCCCAAAAUGAAAGACACAAAGGAUUUUUCCGAGGCCAAGACCAGUCCGUGUGCGGCAGCCCGUGGGGACGCCAGCCUUGCGGGGCAGACCCGGGCCAGGAGCGGGGGAGGAGCUGACUGGUGUUUGUCACUGUGAAGUCUCGACUGUACUCUGGAGUGGCCUGACCCUCGGGGCCCCCAGCAGGCUGCAUCCCUUGGGCCCCGGCCGCGGGUGGCCAAGGGGUGGCAGGAAUGGAGGUCAGCACACGGAAAGAGUUCAGUGAAGCAAUAAACACAAAAAUCUGGGAGAAGAAAUCCAGAAUUUUGUGCCCUAUUCUGUUUCUUUUUCAAAAACAAUGCCGAUCGGAUGACCCUGCCCCUGUCCUUUUCUUUUCCCCCCCGGACCCCCCCAACUGGACACCCUCAGUCAGUGUUGUCCCUCUGCCCGGCUCCCAGCUCUUUGCCAACUUCACACUCGUCCUGGGUUAAGCAUCAGUCGCCUGUGACGUGGCCGCCUUCUGUCCCGGUCCCACCCUCAGCCCACGCUGGCCCCAGAGGACCUCUCGUCCUGCCUCCCCCCAUCCCCGGCAUACCCCUUUCUCCCCCCAACACCGUGCCGUGUUGUUCCUUCCAGGGGGGAUAUUUUUUCCUGACGUCUCCAUGCUCCCCCGCACACCCACACACCUAUAGAGUGGUCUGAUAUUUUUUCCAUUGGUUAAAGGUUUAACUCUCCACAGCAGACCUUGUUUUAACCCCUCUCACAUCAUGUUCUUUCCUCUUUGCGAGUUAUUUUGCAUUAACCAACUUUGUCAGCGACAGAUGCGGAUCGGAGCGUGUCACGCACGACCUUCAGCAGGGAAGACUUCCAGGCCGCGGAGGACCAUCUAAUAUGUGGACUUAUAAACUGACUGCAUGAGCAAUGAAAAGGCCAAAUUAUUCAGAAUUUUUUUUUGGAAUCACUGUAAAAAAAAAAACUGAUUUCUUUUGUAUAGAGAACACUAAACGUAUAAUAAAAGUUGUUCAAAAUGGA